AUGAUGGCCUCCCUCGUCCCCUACAUACCCUUGCUGUCGCGUUUCCUCGCGUUUUUUGGUUGGGAAACCGAUCCCGAAGUUCUUCCAGACUACUACCCCGCACGUCGGCAUGAGAAGCUGAAAAAGCGAUAUCGUGCCGAGACGAGAUUAGGAGCCGGCGUGUGGUCCAAUACGUGGCUGGUGAGCGACACAGCUGCAUCAAAAAGCAGGCGAUUCUACGCAAUAAAGAUCCUUACCCUCGAUGCGACCAACGAGCAUCGUGCGGGGAUAAUGCUCGAGCUCGAAGCUAUGAAGAAAGUUCGAGACGGUGGACCAACGGGCCACCUGCCCUCACUCAUUGACGACUUCGAGAUCCCACGUCCACGAGGAAACUUCCACAUCUGCUUGGUUAUGGAAGUAUAUGGCCAGGACGUCGCUACUUUCCGCCGCAGCUCCCCUAACAAAGCGCUUCCUGUGCACACGGUAAAAGUCAUCAUCAAGCAGGUCCUCCAGGGUGUUGUACGCUUGCAUGAACUGGGCAUCGUCCAUACAGAUAUAAAGCCAGACAACAUGCUCUUCCACACCGAGAUGAGCCCGGGAGCUAUUGAGAAGUGGCUUGGAACGCUUCCCGCAGAUCCAGGUGACACUUGCUACCCGCUGCCCGCCGAUUUCAAGUGGGACGAUCCUCCAGAAAGGGUGAAGGACAUGAAGAUUACGCUGACAGACCUCGGUCAAUCCCAGCAUGUCGGGCCGGUUGGCGAGCAGACAGCGAAACAGUUCAGUGCCUACUCCCUCCGCGCACCUGAAGUCAUUCUCCGCUCUGACUUCGGAACUGCUAUCGAUAUCUGGGCGAUAGGGUGCAUCGUCUUCGAGAUGGUCUCUGGUAGAUGGCUCUUUCACCCUGAGAGUGGAGACGAGGACUUCAGUUUGGAGGAUGACCACCUGGCGAAGAUGAUGGAGCUUACCGGGGAGCGCUUCAGCUCCGCAAUGCUCCAACGUGCACAACUUGCCCAGGAAUAUUUUGACUCGCGCGGUAUGUCAUCCCUUCGCUGGCCCGUGCGCAACUCUAACUCAAGAACUUCUCAUCCAGGCGACCUCCUUCGAGUUUCAGAAUUGUAUCGCGUUGAAGUUGGACAUGCGCUUGCUAACUACAAGACGAUUCCCGAGGAUCAGCUCGGCCCUGUAGCAAGCUUUAUUCAGGGAUGUAUCCACUUGGAGCCCGCUGACCGCCCAAGUGCAGUCGCGCUUCUGAACCACCCCUGGCUGCAAGACAUGUAA